GUUCCCACUUUCAUGGGUGUGGUGAUUAGCCUGCUUGGUGAAAAUUUCAGUCAAAUCCGAUCCGAGCGGCUGCUCCCUUCUGACCCCUAAAAGCGGAUUAUAUCGUGUGGAAAUUAACGCGGUUCCUCUCCCCCCAUCUGAGGCAAUGGUUGUCGUGUGAAAACAUAUUAGUGCUACACAGACUGGAGGAACCGGACCGAACCAGAACGCCUCUUUUUCAGGUGUCAGCUGGCAAAGUGUUUGUAUGUGUGAGUGAGUGAGUGAGGGUGUGUGUGUGUAUGUGUGCAAGCACACACGUGUAUUUCCUUAACUUAGCCAGUGUUUAGAGAGGAGUGCGUCCUGAACGCAUCUAACGGGGACAAUGAGCGAGCUGGAACAGUUGCGGCAGGAAGCAGAGCAACUACGCAAUCAGAUCCGGGAUGCCAGGAAAGCCUGCAGUGAUUCCACUCUGUCGCAGAUCACAGCUGGUCUGGACUCAGUGGGCCGGAUACAGAUGCGGACGCGACGUACUCUCAGGGGACACCUGGCUAAGAUCUAUGCAAUGCACUGGGGGAGUGACUCAAGGUUACUGGUCAGUGCCUCGCAGGAUGGAAAACUGAUCAUCUGGGACAGCUACACGACAAACAAGAUGCAUGCUAUCCCGCUGCGCUCUUCAUGGGUGAUGACGUGCGCCUACGCCCCCUCUGGGAACUACGUGGCCUGUGGAGGUCUGGACAACAUCUGCUCGAUAUACAGCCUGAAGACCCGAGAGGGCAACGUCCGGGUCACUCGAGAGCUACCUGGACACACUGGUUAUUUGUCUUGCUGCCGCUUCUUGGAUGACAACCAGAUACUAACCAGCUCUGGCGACACCACCUGUGCAUUGUGGGACAUAGAGACGGGCCAGCAAGCCACCUCCUUCAGCGGCCACACUGGUGACGUUAUGAGCCUGUCCCUUAGCCCAGAUUACAAGACCUUUGUGUCAGGAGCUUGUGAUGCCACCUCCAAGCUGUGGGACAUCCGUGACGGCAUGUGCAGACAGUCGUUCACCGGCCACGUGUCUGACAUCAACGCCGUCUGUUUUUUCCCCAAUGGAAAUGCGUUUGGCACAGGCUCGGACGACGCCACCUGCAGGCUGUUUGACCUGCGUGCCGACCAGGAGCUGAUGAUGUACAGCCACGACAACAUUAUCUGCGGCAUCACCUCUGUGGCUUUCUCCAAGAGUGGGCGCUUGCUUUUAGCCGGCUACGAUGACUUCAACUGCAAUGUGUGGGACACUCUAAAAGGCGACCGAGCAGGCGUCCUUGCAGGCCACGACAACAGAGUGAGCUGCUUAGGAGUGACAAACGACGGCAUGGCUGUGGCCACCGGCUCCUGGGACAGUUUCCUCCGGAUCUGGAAUUAAACCAAAUGUCCGGCCUGAUGUCCUCAAUCACUGCCUGCCACCUUGGUUCUGCAGCCCCCAUGCGACUCAUCUGCUGGGCUGGACCCGAGGGAAUGCAUUUUGAAAGCCCUUUUCAUCCCUCCCAGCGGAAGACUCUCAAACAAUUUUUAUUUUUCCCCCAUCCGGCUCUAGAACAACAAAAACCUUUAUGAAAAGUCCAAUCUAAACCAAGAAAUCAUCAAAAAAUAUUGAAUAUAACUUAUUUUCUUCCUCUAAAGGGCAUUAAAGUGCAUCAACAGUCAUGGUUACAAAAAAAAUGAUCAUCAAUGUGUAAUAUGUAAAUGUAUAUAUAAAGGCAGUAUAUAUGUAUAGCAUUAUGUGUGUAUAUAUGCAUCAUAUAUGCAUAUAUAAUGUGUGUAUGUAUAUAUUUUUGUAGUUAUUUUUCUUGCUUUUUAUUUUAUUUGGUUUACUAUAGAUAUAGAAUAACAGAAAUAUCAGUAACCUUUAAAAAAAAAAAUCAGCAAGGCUAAUCAAUCAGUUUCGAGACAAAAUGUAACUUCUUUUGUUAAGAUUUUAUUUUUUAUUUUUUUGGGGCUUUAAACAUUCAUUAUUUUUGAACGGAUCCUAAGGCUGUGAUGCCUGGAGGAGCUUCAUCCCAAUAAUUAUUUUGUUUUUAUAUAUAUAUAAAUGUUUUUUGUCUGGAUCAAGCUUAAACUCCAAAGUAGCAACUGUUCAAGUUUAGGCAUUUGGAUUGGUGGGUUCAAAUCGACCACUGAACAUUGGACCACCAUUCCAUGGAAAUCCACUGCAGAGUGACUGGUUAAGAGUGGUUGUAAUAAUCCUAUCCCCCCUGCGGUCUGCAGAAGGAUUCAUCUUUGCUUCGACAUUGGGAUGAACGUUGGAUAUGAGGUGAAACGAUGACAGGAAUCCAAGCCCUAACUAGUUUCUCCCUGCAAUCCUGACAAAAUGGGAUUUACAAGAGCUUCCUGUUGGGACAGAAAAAGACUGCGGCAGUCUGCAGGAACCUGAGAAAAACAGGAAAAAUUAUGUCAGAGCUUGCCAUGUUGAUUUGUUUUUUUUUCCUCCUGAAUGAAGGAUUGAACUCCUUUUAAACAUCAAGGUGUGAGCAAAAACAGAGAAGAUGUGUGCCAAUUUAAAUCACACCAGUGCCAUAGCAAGCCUGCUACAAAAAAGGACACAAACAUGUCUUUUUUUUUUUUUUUUUCCUAAGAUUGACACUUAAAAGCAUUUUUGUUUCUCACCAAAAAAAGCAUCAUAAACUUUUAAUCUAACUAGUUAGGAACAAACACGUAAUAGACAGCUAGAGGCGCACUCACAAACCGUAAUACCAACGUGAGCCAUGGUGCACAUGUAAACGUGAUAUGAGGUUUCUCGUCGUCAAUCCUGCAUUUAAAAAGCUUAGAUUGUGUGUGAGUUGGACCUACCCAUCAGCUGUUUCAGGUGCCUGAAUAUAAAUGAAUAUAAAGCCCUGGGCUGGAUAGAAGAGGGGUUGUGCUUAAGGAGAUCAGGCAAUGCUCUCUAUUAUGCCUUAGGAUACCAUUCAUAAUAAGAGUGUAAAAUUAGCAUCAAUAAUAGAAAUACUUUCCUUUUUUGUUUCUAUAAUCUCAUAUUGUUCCUGCACAGUCUAGAAUUUAGUAUAAUUGUGUUCCAAGCCUAGAUACAUUUUGAAAAAAACAAAUCGUUUCUCUGAACAGCUUUUCCAGCUCCAUUAUGAGAAAUUUUGGGUUUUAAGUAGAAGACAGAAAUCAAAGUUUGUGUUCACCCAUAUAUCUUAGUUUGAUCAUCCAAACAUUAAUCCAUCCUCUAAUCAGUUCAUCCAUUCAUGAAACCUGUCCCUCUGCCAGUCUGUCCAACCAUCCUUUCAUCCAUUACGCUUCUGUCAGUGCAGCCCUCCAUCCACCAACCUGUCCAUUUGACCUGCUCUUGAUCCAUGCCAACAUUAGCCCAUCCAACUGCCAAUUCAUCUACCCGUCAAUCCACUUAUCCUUCAUCCAACAGACCCAUCAAUCUUUCAAUCAUCCAUCCAUUUAUGAGUGCAUCCAUCUGCUAAUAUAGCUGUCUACUUGAUGAGCCAUUUGUAUCCACUCAUUUGUCAAUCUGUCCAUUCAUCCAUCCAGAUCUCUAGCCAUACUUUAGCUGCAUCCACCCACCUAUUCAUUUCAGCCAUCCAUCAGUUUAUCAACCCUUUCAGUAGUCUGUCAGCCCAUACAUAGAUCCAUCUUUUUAUCCAUUUAUUUGUCCAUUUAGGUACCCAGGUAUCCAUCAAUUAGUUUGUCAGUCAUCAGACGGUUUUACUAUCUCGUCUCUUGUCUAGUUACAAUAAGUACAGCCUGACCUCUACGGAAAAAUCUCUAAAGUUUUUAGUGAUUGUUUGUAUAUAUAUAUAUACUUGAACCAUGGCUCAAACAAAAACUGUGAAAUCUAGAAACAUGGAGUCUGGGAACCCUGUGAGCGAGAAAGUUCUUGUUUUCCAACCGAAGCGCAAACGGAUACUAGUGAACACUAAGACACAUGCUAAAAGGAAAACCAUGUGCAGCUCCUCAGUGCUUGUUAAACCCUUUUUUUUAGUAUAUAAAUCUGCUUUUAACUAAUACAGUAAAGUUUGUAUUACCUAACAAGGUUUGAUCAGCUGCCGAUUAUUCCCUAACAUCCCUCUCUAUGGUCGAUAUAUUUUUAUUUUAACGGUUUUGUGUAAUUUCACUCUUCAAGUAACCCAUCCUGAGGGAAUGCUUAUGAGCCGCAGGGAAAGCUUGUAACCGUACAAGAUUUGGAGAUCUGCAGGAUGUGAAAUGUGGAGUGUUUGAGUGUUGAGGGCUUGUGUAGAGGAAGGUAGAGGGAUGGGGAGAAUUUGAUGAUGUACAAGUGUUACUUCCUCAUUCAUCUGUGCCAAUGUGCUCCACAGACCCUGAGCUGUGAACCGAAUACUAGUCUGUAAAAUUAAAAAGACAAAAAAAAAAAAA